UUCUAGUUAAGACAAGUCUAUUAACUUACUACUUAAGAUCUGUAGGGGAGAGAGGUUCCUUUAGUAUUGAACAUUCGUAAAUUUAAGGAAAAUGUAUACAAAUUCUCUUACCCCUUUAAAUCUAUAUUUGGAAGCAACACAUUGUGAUUAACCAGUCGGAAGCAAAUAAAACAAGAACUUGUAUGGAUAAAUGAUUAAGACUUUAACAUAAUGUACAUUUUAUAAUUAUCAACAGAAUCAUGUUUCAGUAACAUUAGACUUAAUAUUUCAUUUAUAAAUUUCUCGAGAAUGACAACACCUAUCAUGUCAGAGAAUAUUAAUUAUCUUCAAGAAGUUUCCAUGAAAUAUUUAGAAGAAAUGAUACGCCUCAAAAAUAAUGAUUUGAUCAAUCAUAGUGUCAAUAAUAAUGUUGUUCCGUGUGAAAGUGUCCCUUACACCAAUGUAUGUGAAUUAUCUGAUUAUCAAAGAAGCUAUUUCACAAAUCUGUCUUUAUAUUUACAAAAUACCAAUGAAAAUUUUACUCAUAUUGAUAACAACUCCGUUUGUAGGAGUGAUCAUGUAAAUCGAGAACUUCGGAUUAAUUCACCGAAGAGUUGUAAUAGUAAUAAUAAUAAUGACUCUAACAACUAUAUAUUUAAUCCACAAACUAUUAAUCAUAAAACGUAUGAUCAUCAGCUUUCGUACAAUCGACUAAACCAAGAUACGACUAAACGAUUGGAUAAUCAUUUCAAUCAAACCCAACCAAAUCAGUCAGCUUAUGGAAAUUUCUGUGUACAAUUACAACAGUAUUUAAUAUUAUUAUGUGAAUGGCUUAAACGUACAUCUAUUAGUACUGGUCUAACAAAUAUGACAUCAACUGUCACUACUACUGUCGCUAAUAAUACUACUACUAAUCCAACUUAUAACAUGAAUAUUAAUAAUAAGGACAGAAUAAACUGCACGUACAACUGGAUACCUUCCGCCACAUUAUCCCCAUGUUCCUCUUGUUCAACAGUAUCCCCUAAGAGUAUGACACAAUUAUCAGAUACAAAGAAUAAUCAUUCAUCAAAUAAUCUGUCUAAUAUUUCCACUUAUUCCUCACCAGUAAAACAUUCAGCAUUCUCUUCUUUUACUCCAUGUUCUAGUUCAUGUGUCUGCAGUGCUUCCUCAUCAUUAUCAUCAUCUUUCCUUACAACAACACCAUCCUUGAGAACUUCAGAUGAUUAUAUAAAUACAUCUCUAAUUAAUACCAGAAAUCAAACAAAUAUAAAAUAUUCUAUUCAAAAUAUAUCAACUAACCUUUCAGAAAACGAUCAUUUAUCCAAUCGCAUUGAUCAUAUUGAACCAACAUUGUUUAAAACAAUAAUGAACAAUGUGGGAGAUGAAAUUACAAACUGUAAAGAUCAAUAUCAGCCAGAUCAGUAUACAAAAUUAACAGAUAAUUUUACUGAAAAAAUGUAUCAAAAUAUUUUAUUUUAUUACUACUAUUAUAUAAAUUAUAAUCAUUGGAAAAAUAAGAACAUCAAUAAUAUUUCUAAUGUUAAUAUUACUAAUAAUCAUAGUAACUAUGUGAUUCCAACAGAGUUUACUGUAAUGGCAAACGAAAAACAAAGUGAUUUACAUAAAAUAAAUAAUAAACUUCCUAUUUCAAAUGAUAUAAUUAGUAGUAAUUAUUCUAAUAAUACAAUUAACCACGAUUACGAUAGUAGAUAUAGUGAUUAUACACAGAAAAUAAUGUUGAAUUAUAAAAAAUUAUUUGAUCAAUAUUCGAAUGAAAGAAUCAAUUCAAAUAUAUUAACAGAAAGCACUAUGACACCGACAACAAUCUCAGCACCUAAUAUACCUGUGAUAAUUAAUAAUUUAACAAUUAACAAUAAAUCAAUUACUUCAAUUAAUAAUAGUAGUAAAAAUGAUCUUGAUGAUGUUCAUGAUGAUGCUGAUAAUGAUCAUUUAUUAAAUUGUCAAUUAAAUCAAUUAUUUCAUUCAUUUACGUGUAAUUUACAGAAAUUAGCAAUGACAAACCCUAGUAAAAGUGGUCAAUUUUCAAUAAACUCACAAAAUACUAAACAUUCAAAUCAUCUUAAUCAUAUUCAACAUUAUAAACAACAUUCAACUACAGGUAAACGAUGUUAUAAAACUAAUCGUGAGAAUACAAGACUACGAAAAGAUAAACGUUUCGACUUUAAACAUUUGGCUCAAUCAUGUGUUGAUUAUGAAUUAAGUGAUAUUCACUUAUCAAAUUCAUCGUCAAUGUAUCAAACAGAAUUUUCUCUAGAAAAACAACUGAAACGUCAAUUUUUUGACAAUAGUACUACUGAAAAUAAUAAUAAUAAUAAUAAUAAUAAUAGUAAUAAUCAACAUUUGGUCAGGACAGAAAAUAAUCCAAUUAAACCCAUAGAGAGAAAACAGUUCAAAGAGGAUAAAGAUAGUCAUUUUGUCGAAGUACAUUUGAAAAGUGCGAAUUCAAGAUUACGUGUAAAUUAUGGUCGAUUAAUUAAUGCGAAGGAAGAUAAAUCAAAUCAUAGUGGACCACGUCGAAGAGUGCGUAAACAAUAUAUUUGUAAAUUCUGUUUACGUCAGUUUACCAAAUCAUAUAAUUUAUUAAUUCAUGAACGUACACAUACAAAUGAGAGACCAUUUCCUUGUGAUGUUUGCGGUAAAGCAUUUCGUAGACAAGACCAUUUAAGGGAUCAUAGAUUCACACAUAGUUCAAAGAAACCAUUUUUAUGUGAAAUAUGCGGUAAAGGAUUUUGUCAAUCACGUACUUUAGCAUUACAUCGUACAACACAUCAAUCAAAUCAAAAUGAUGGUAAUUUAAUUACUCAAACUAAUAACUUCACUAAUAAUAAAAUGAGUAUUCCAACCUACAAAUCUCAAAGUGACUACAGUCACCAACAUCAUUCCCUAUCUUCUUCUGUUUUCUCAACAUCACCAGGAGCAGUAGUAGAGACAGUAGAAAAAACAACAACAACAUUAGAGGUACCAACCGAUAUCUCAGAACUAAUCAAAUAUAAAUUCUAAAAUCAAUAUUAAAACAGAUUAUUUUCAUAGAUAAAAAAAAGUAGUGAAAUUUUUCAAAAGAUAUAUCAUAAUUGGAAAGAAAAAGCAUCCAAACAAAAUGAUAUUCUUUAGCAUACGUGGACAUCGAGCAUACAUUAAAACAAACUUAUUUACCAAUAAAUGAGUUGAAAUACAGAAAAUAAUUAAUAGGCAGUAUUUACAAUAAUAAUAACACUAGUAUAACUCCAUAGAUAACUACUGAAUAAACAAGACACAUGAUAUUUUUAAAAUAACUUCUUUCUUUUCCACUUUUCUCUAUUUUUUUCUUUAUUUCCUGUUUAAGAACCUUUCUAAUCAGCAAAUAUACUUUGUUGAUUAUGAUAAUCAUGAUCAUCAUCGUUAUCAUCAUCUUAGUUUGGUCAUUAUUAUUAUCAGACAGCUUCUUUUCGUUUAAAAAAAUAAGAAUAUGUAUUUAUUUUUAUCUUGUACACACAAUAUUUGUUCAUUUUGAAGAUAUUUACCUUUUAAAGAAAAAAACUAUGUGAAUUGUAUAUUAACUUUCGUUUAAUAUAAAUAUAAACUUAUUUAUUUUUGUUGUGAAUAUUAUAUACUAAAUGACUUCUACCUGAAGUUUGUGCUGAUGAUAUCGUUCAGAAGAACAAUGAAAGCU